GUUUCUGCAACACGGCAGGAGCUGAGGAAAAAGCAGCUGCAAGACGUGGUGGUGGAAAACUAUGAAAACUUGCCAGGGCGCGAGUUUCGGGUGAUCAUCAUCAGCACGGUGCACACCAGCGAUAGCCUGCGCGUCUCGGCCUCCCACCACCUGGAGUUCUUCAACGAAGCCAGGGUGCUCAACACCAUCAUGACCCGGGCGCAGUCGCUGGUGGUCGCGGUGGGGGACGCGGUGGCCCUGUGCUCCCACGGGCAGUGCAGCAAGGUGUGGAAGCGCUUCAUCCAGAAAUGCAUCGAGAAGGGGAGCGUCUCCCCGGAGAGCCUGACCAUGGCCCAGGUCAAACAGGCGGUGUGCGACAAGGAGAGCUGGAGCAGGAGAAGCCCCGAGGGGGACGAGGAGGACAGCGACACCGAUUCCUGGAGCUCUGAGGCUGAGAGCGUGAACCCUGACGAUCCCAUCCUCCAGGAGCUGCUGGAUGAGAGCAAGAACCUGCUGGUGACGGUGUCCGAGGAGGGGCUGCUGAACGUGAGGUCCGAGACCUCCAGCCUGCAGGAGGACAGGCAGGAAUACGUCAGCUUCUCAUCUCAGAUGAUGCGGGAGUACCUGCACAUGCACCCCAAGAUGUACAAGAGGUGCGAGCUGAUCAAAGAAGGCUUCGACAGAGCUUCUGCCUUCACCCUGGACGACUCCCCCGUGCUGAACAUUCAGAUCAAAGGCAGAGUUCACUGCGGGACGGCCUUCACGGGGGACGAGGUGCUGGUGGCCAUCCUACAGAGCGGCACGGCCGACAGCGGCACCCACCACCCGCAGGGGAAGGUGGUGGGCAUCUUAAAGCGCGCCGAGAGGGAGCGCACCUUCAUCUGCAUGAUGGACGAGUUCGACCCCCGGGUGAUGAUCCCCAUCGAUCCCACCGUCACCAAAAUAUUUGUCCCGGGGCUGAAAGAGAAACCCAACGUCAUUCCCAUCCGCAGGCUGGUCAACGGGAAGUACAGGGUGGUCAGCUGCGAGAAGAUCAGCCAGGCGAUGAGGAGAUGCCAGUUCUUCUGCGUCCAGGUUAUCUCCUGGCGGGAAGGGUUUUAUUACCCCUUGGGGAUAAUAACGGAGGUCCUGCAUGCGGCGUUGACUUUGGAAGAAGGCCUAAAGAUCCUCGAAUUGGAGUACAAUUUGGAGAAGAAAUACCCAGCUGCCGUCACCAAGGAGUCGGCCAAAUACAGCUCCAGCACCAAACUGAACCUCAUCAAGGAGAACCUGACGGACUGCCGGGAUUACCCGACCUUCACCGUCGACCCCCAGGGCGCCAGGGAUUUGGACGACGCCAUCAGCGUUAGGGAUCUGGGGUGUCACUACGAGAUCGGGGUCCACAUCGCGGACGUGGCUGGUGUCAUCCCCAAAGGCAGUGCCUUGGACCUGGAAGCCAAGAAGCGAGGUGUCACCUACUACGCCCCCAAACAGGACCCUCUCUGCAUGUUCCCGCCCCACAUCAGCCAAGACGUCUGCAGCCUCCUGCCGCAGAAGGAGCGCCGGGUGAUCUCCUUGCUUGUCACCGUCGAAAAGGAGACUGAUCUGGUGUUGGACAGAGCCUUCCAGGUCUCUGUGAUCCGCUCCGACCGGCAGCUGUCCUACGAGGAGGCAGAGCUCUGCAUCAAGGACCACUACAGGGGGCCGGCGCGGCCGCUUUGUUUCCGUACCCUGGAGGACCUCGUAGCUGUGGCUUAUCACUUCUCCAGGGCCCAACGGAAGCUUCGGCUGCAGGAGGAUCAUUUCUACGACCAGCUGGAUGAGGAGAGCUCCCCGGGCCACAGGGGGUCCCAUCAGAUGAUAGAGGAGUUGAUGAUCAUGUUCAACAGUUCUGUGGCCAAGUUCCUCACCGACCAGGAGGACACCAAAAAUGUCACCCCUCUGCGGUGCCAGUGCAAGCCAAGCCCGCAGCAGUUAUUACACAUCAAGAACAAGUACUCCCACAUCCUCCCUUUGUCCAUUCAUCUCUCGCACCACCUGAGGGAGCUGCCUCCUGGCCAAGACUCCUCUAAAAACGUGGAAUUCAGCAUCCUGGCCCCCAUCUGGGAGCACCUGCAGGCGGCCGCUCGUGCCCGUGACAUCCACAAGAUGCUGGACCUCAUCGUGACCGAUGACAUCCACCCAACUCUGGCCCCGGUGGCCCUGGAGUUCCGGAGGCUACUGGGCCGCUCCUAUUUCAGCCGCUCCAACUCCAGUGUCCAAUCAAAAGUGGGCCACUACUCUCUCCACGUCACCUCCUACACCUGGGCAUCAUCUCCCAUCCGCCGCUACGUGGACGUGGUGCUCCAGCGGCACCUCCACGCCGUGCUGCGCAGGAAGCCCCUCGCCUACUCGUCGGAUGACAUCGAGUUUCUCUGCCACGACUUCAACAGGAAGAACUCGCAGGCGGCGGCGUACGAGAAGAGAGUGCGCUGCCUGCAGAUGGCCGCGCAGCUGAAGGACCAGGCCCUGCAGAAAAUCGCCUUCGUGGUGGAUGUGGAAGGGACGAACAAGUAUUUUCAAGCCCUGUUUCCCCUCAACAGAGAGACCCUUCCCGACCCGCAGCGGAUCACGUACAGGUCUCUGCAGCUGGUGGAGCAGCCCACCUUCAUCCAGCAGCGGGGCAGCAUCAGGCUGGCGUGGAAGAGGCGGGUGUACUCGGCGGACACCAUGAAGGAGCACGGCCUGCGCGAAGGACCCCUCCAUGACCACAGUGUCACCCUCCUGGGCACCCAGACGUGGCAGCAAGUCCUGACAGCCGUCAGAAACGAGGAGUUUGAGACGGUGGCCUCCCACCUUCAGAAGAGCAAGGAGCUGUACCAGCGGCGCACGGGCUGGGUGAACAAAAGCCAGUGCUCCUACUACAUGGAGCUGUCCCUGGAGCUUUGCGCCGGCGAUGCCCUGCAGUUCCAGCUCGCCACCGACGUCUGCCGGGGCUUCCUGGUGCCCUUCGUGCAGCUCUGGUGCGUGGCGCCGGGCUUCGACGUCUGCCUGCAGCACACGGAGAAACCCAUCGAGUGCUUCUCCACCUACGCCACGCUGCCGUCCAAGGACAGGUACAAGCACGCGGCGGAGUACAGCAAGGUGUGGAUGCCCAUGAGCGCCAUGGAGUCCGUGUCGUGCGCGGUGGCCGAGAAUGACUCCAUCGUCCUCCACAACGUCCAGAUAAGCUGGGCAAAGCAAAGGACGAGCAAAGGGCAGCUGCAAGGGAGUUUCCUCCUCCAGAAGCAUUUUUUGAAGGAGUGCUCCAUCGAGGUGGACUUCAGCAACUGUUACCUGUGCAUUCGCCUGGGCGGGCUGAAGCUUGGGAGCCUUCAAAGUGAUGAGGAAUGCCUUAGCCACGGCCUCCAGAGUCUGGACCUUCUGGACAAGGGCAGGCCAGAAAGCAAACUUGUGGUUGAUCCGGAUACCUACACCUGGGUGGCUCACGGCGUCACCGAGGAGUUCAGCGACGAUGAGAAGUCGGACAGGACCAGUCAUUACACCAUGAACUUCUACAUCCACUACAUGUCCAUGGAGAACAUCCCCGUGGAGAUCACCCAGGCCUCCUCCAGGUUCACGGUGGAGCUCAUACCAAAAAUGCUGCCAGACAUACGAAAAGAAAAGGCAAUUUGGAAGCUCAAAUAUGCCUCUGACCUUGCUAAAAGCAUCGUCCUCGGCCACGAACCUCCGAGAAGAGUGACAGCGUCCAAAAUCCUGCAUCAAAAAUCCUUCGAUCUCCCUGGCAGCCACAGGAAGCUGAACCAGAGCCAGAGCCAGGCCAUUCGGGACGCGCUGAGAAAACCCUUCACACUCAUCCAAGGCCCACCAGGCACGGGGAAAACUGUCGUUGGGACUCACAUCGUCUACUGGUUCCAUAAGCUGAACGAGGAUGGCAUGGAGAAGGAGAAAACAUCGCUUCCUGAAGAGGAGAAGUCCAAGGACAGGAAGUGCAUCUUGUACUGUGGCCCAUCCAACAAGUCCGUCGAUGUUGUUGCUG